AGACAUACUGUGUAAAUUUUUUUCUAAUUUAAGAUUGGCCAAUCCAGUUUGUGAAAGUAACGCACGGUCAAGCAAUGUGAAAAAGAAUAAAGAAAUAAGGGACUGAUGGAAGAGUCUUUGAUAAUUAAUCCUAGAAAUAUGGAGUCCGAGAUGGAAAAAGAACAAGAUACUGACGAAUCAUUCGAUACAACUGACAAACACCCCAGUGAAUCCGCGUCCUCCACGCCUCCAGAUGGCGGAUGGGGAUGGGUAAUAGUGUUCAGUUCUUUUUUAUGUAAUGCAGUCGUCGAUGGGUUAGCUUAUUCCUUUGGAGUUCUUUUACCAAAAUGGGUUCACGUUUUUAAAGAGUCCAGAGGAAAAGUGGCGUUAGUUGGAUCCUUGUUGUCAGGUCCCUUAGUCAGUGGACUGACUAACUAAUUCGGAUGCCGAGCUGUAACAAUCACAGGAAGCAUAUUUGCUUCUCUGGCUUUUUUUGCUGCAUCGUUCUCUGAUAGUAUCACAACUCUCCUUUUGACGUACGGAUUUUUAGGAGGUUUAGGAUUUGGACUGAUAUAUCUCCCUUCCAUAGUGGUAGUGGGAUAUUACUUUGAAAAGAAACGUGCUUUAGCAACCGGAAUUGCACUCUGUGGUUCUGGUAUCGGAACUCUAUUGUUUGCGACUGCCAACGCUUACAUGUUGGAGGUUUAUAGCUGGAGGAGCUUACUAAUAAUACAGUCUGGUAUUGUCCUCAAUGCUUGUAUAUUUGGUAUGCUCAUGAGGCCGCUUGAGUCACCAAAGAAACAAUCUUCCAUUAAAGCAGAGGCCGAAAAGUCAAGAAGAAAGACAGCAGAGAAAAGGAAACAAAAUGCCACCACAGACUCGUGGAGAAUGGAUGCAGAUGAAUCAUCUGAACUGAAAGAGCUAAAUAAAACAGGGGAAGAGGAUAACAUUAUAGAGGAGGCAAAACUCGUAUCGUCCGAUCCCCAAUUACUAAACGACGAUAUCGACAAAGUAGAAAACCGUCAUUGUCCCAUGUGUAGAACGAACAAUGGUAGCAUUCAAAACAUACCCAAAUUCAAGUCUUCAUCAUCAAACCUAGGAGAGUACAAAUCAAGUAACAUUAAUAGUCCCGAUAUUCCCACAAAGGCAUGUUGGGAUGAAUGUGCACGCCUUCCAUUGUCAAUUUUGAACAAUUUAAGAUAUAUGUUCGACUUUUCCUUACUAAAAGAUUUCUCCUUUAUCAUGAUAACUAUCGGAAACAUCUUUGUUAUAACUGGAUAUUACGUUCCCUUUACAUAUGUAGUCGAUCAUGCUCUACAGUCUGGCAUUUCCGAAACUGAUGCUGCAUUUUUGCUUUCUAUCAUAGGCAUCGCCAACACGAUAGGCAGAAUAGCAUCAGGGAUCUUGGUCGACAUUUUAAAAUUCGACUCUCUGGUCAUCAACAACGUAGCCCUGGUGCUGAGUGCAGUUCUUCUAUUUGUGGAGCCAUUUUGUGAAUCCUAUGGACUUCUGGUAGCCUUUUCAGUAUUAUAUGGCUUUUCCGUGGCUGCCUACGUGUCAUUAACCCCAAUCAUUAUUUGUGACCUGCUUGGACUACGGAAGCUGACCAAUGCCUUCGGACUCCCGACCCUGGCCAGAGGAGUGUCCGGUCUUUAUGGUCCACCUGUAGCUGGUGCAGUAUAUAACGCCAUGGGAUCAUACAGCUAUUCGUUUUGGUUUGGAGGACUGAUGUUUGCGCUCGGUUCUGUCUGCCACCUGGUGCUUCACCUUCCGUGUGUCAAGAAGAAAGGACAAGAGGACAUAUCUAGAGAGAUAGUUGUUACAGUUGGUACAGGAGAGAAAGACGCCAAAAUGAUCGCCAAGAAAAUUGUUAAUCCCAUCAAAAUUAUACAACUCGACCAGUGGACACCCAACAUGGCAUCCAAAAUGGCUGCCGAGCGGCAGAAAACGAACUUCAGAAAGUUGUAG